AUGCCUCUUUCAACACCAAGAAGAGUGGUAACACCAUCAAAGGCAGCAUUGGAUAAAGGAGAUUUAGGUUCGAUAUUAGAGUCGAUGAAGAAGAGUAGUAGAAGAAGUGAAACUUUGGAUCUAAAGGCAAUCUUAAAGAUGCAAACACCUUCAAAAAAGACAGGUUCAACUCCAGCAAAAAAGAAGAAACAAGAGGAGGAAAAGAAUCAAAAAGAGAAAGAGCAAGAGGAGGAACCUAAAAAGUUGAGUACUCCAAAAUCAUCAUCAAAGAAAUCUACAUCAACUCCUACAUCAUCAUCGUCGUCGUCGUCGUCGGCCUAUCCACAAACACCAACCUUUACUCAACAAGAUAGUGAAGAUUAUCAAGAUGGAGAGUUAUAUGUUACACCAAAAAAGACCAACGACAACAACAACAACAACAACAAAAAGAUGAAUCAAAGUUUACAAAGCAUCAACCGACCAGAUACCCCACAUCCAGACAAAAAAAUCAUCACCAACAAUACUACGAUGAUCACCAACAAAAGUGGAAAAGUUAUUCCUCCGCCACCCCUCUUUAAUGUUCCCUCAUCCAAGAGUCAAAAGGUUACACAAGAAUUGGAGCAAGAAGAUGAGGAAGAAGAAGAGGAGGAAUUGGAGCAAGAUGAUGAUGAGGAAGAAGAAGAAGAAGAUGAUGAUGAGGAGGAUGAGGAAUUGGAGUUGGAAUUGGAUGAUGAUGAAGAAGAAGAAGAAGAUGAUGAUGAAGAAUUAGAGGACCAAGAUUUUGAAGAUGGUCAAGUUAUCCUUGACAAUGAAACAAGUGGAAAUUUAAUUGGCAAAUUACAAUCCAUUGUAAAGGAAACAACUCCACAAAAACAAAAGCAACAACUUCAAACAACUCCCUUAUCAAACAAGACAAAGAAUAAUCUACAAAACUACAAAAUUGAAGAACAAGAGGAGGAAGAAGAUGAAGAAGAAGAAGAAGAGGAAGAGGAAAUGAACCAAGUUGAUGGUGCCUUGGAUUUUUAA